AUGCACGUCUCUCGGCCCGCUGCGCCAGCGGUGUUUCAGCCACCGCCGACUCGGGCCAGCGUGGCCCACAAUUCUGCCGCCCGUCAGGCCGAGACCUUUCUGCAGGGGCCGAUGCCGCAGCAGCCGACUUCGUGCGCCAGCCCGGCCUGGGGCUCAGCGCCCUCGGUGCCGUGGACGCAGGCAGAGCCUGUCGGCGCUGCUGCGCCCCCUUCUGCUGCACUCCGACAACCUCAGGCAGCGGAGCAGCCCUUUGGUGCACAGCCCCCGUUCUCGGUGUCAGGCAUGAGUACAGGCUCCGCACCUGUACCUUCGAUGAUGGAGACGCCGAUGCCGCCACGCCGAACUAACACAGACGGAGGUGGAUGUCCUGAUGAAGCGCUCUUCCCACCCCGUGAUGCCUACGCUUCGGAGCACAUGCACGUGGCGGCGCCAACUCAGCCACCAUGUGGGGCGAGCAUGGCUCACAACGUUGCUGCUUGUCAGGCCGAGACCUUUCUGCAGGGGCCGAUGCCGCAGCAGCCGACUUCGUGCGCCAGCCCGGCCUGGAGCUCAGCGGCCUCGGCGUCGUGGACGCAGGCACAUCUGUUGGCAGAGCAGCCGGCCCACAGAUGGCAAAUCAGAUCGGCCUCACGGGCAGACGACAGGCUGCGCAAAGCGUGUCAUCACCGCAAUAUGGCAGACUUGGAUGCUGCUUUGCAACAGGGAGGGGGAAUGGGUGGCGAUGGAGAUGGCAAGUCGGCGCUGCACGUUGCCGCACGGAGCGGCUUCUGCGAAGGGCUGCUGAAACUGCUGCAGGCUGGGUUCGACCCGAACCUGCGCGACAAGUGGGGCGGACGCCCGAUCGACGAGGCGGAGUAUUGGGCCGUGAAGACAGACGACGCUGACUUCCGAAGGAAAUGCCUGGAUUGCCGCAAGCACCUCGUGCUUUUCCAUGGUCGAAGAGGGGAACUUCACGAGCGAGUGGACUUGGCUGCCUUCAAAGAGAGAUUGAGGAGAUGCGAGGAGAGGGCACGUCAACGUGAUGGCCGUGAAGCUUACAUUCCAUGGUUCGAUGAUCUGGACCACAUGGAGCAACAGCUGAAGGCCGAGGAGCUCUGCGCAGAGCCGGAAUCGCCAUCAGCCUCCGCGGUGUCGGCAGCCGCACCCACAUGGAUUUCGACCCUGCGCUACAAGCAGGACUUGCCUUCUGAUCCAGAGAGACUCAGGUUCCACCCGGAGAUCAGCGAGGAAUACCAGCGACAAGCCGCCACGCGGCACAUCUACCGCGAGGAGGAGACAUUGAGAAAGCUGGCACGCCUUGCAGAGAUUGGCGGGGAGCUGCUGGAUCCCAAACACGAAGUGGUUUACCUCUGA